CUUAAUUGUAUCAUUACAAUAUCAUGUUAACCCCUUUCUCCUCAGAUUUUGAAGCAUCUGGCUUGAGAAGGUUUUUAGAAGUGAUCUACAUGAGAGAAAAAAAUCAUGUUGAAUGUUAUGUUGGCAUUGGCUUUAAGAUUUUUCAUCCUGUACUUCUCAUGAGUGUCAGUGUAUCAAUGGAAUUUUUACUAAGAGUCAGAAAUUGUACUCUUAUACUUGUGGAUGCUGAAGAAGUACUAGAAGAAGUAAAAGUGAAUCUGAGGUCUUGUAGUGAUACAUCUGAAAAGAAUGCUUUCUGUGACAUUAAGCUUGCUAGCCCAUUAUUUCUGCCAAGACAGUUUGAGGGAGAAUUGAGAGUCCUCAGUGAUGGGAUUGGUGAAUCAGACUUAUGUGGCCAUAGUUUCUUCUCUCUCCAGCAGAAAGAAAAUUGGGUUUGUGAUUGGGUGGAUACAUCUGUAAUUCAUUUCAAGUAUCUGAGAUCUGUAAGGGAUUCUUUGGUUACAUGGAGAGGAAAAUCAUGCCCUCUUUCUCUCAGCUGUAUAUUCUAUUGCUGCUUAUCCUGUGUGUUAAUACAACCUCCAGACAUUCCACAGAAGAAGAAUAGAGAUGUUCUGAAGAAACAUGUCGAAAGUAAACUUCAGCGAAGCUUGGAGUGGAAAGAACACUUGGAUUUUGUGUUGAAGAAACUUGCCAUUGAACAAGUUGUACAUAGAGACCUACUUGUUUUAUCUCACCAAGAUAUAUAUUCCACAUUACCACAGAAAGUUAAUGUUGGUUUUUACGGAGGAUUUCUCAAUGUUGCUGAAACUGGCAAGCAAUAUGGACUACACCGGAUUAGACGAUCCCCUUGGUUAACACAAGACUUUGAUUUCAAGUUAAUGAUGAAGGUUGAUGAUGACACAUUUGUUAACAUUUCAAGCCUGAAGAUGCUGAUGGACACUGAAGCCGACAGUCUCCCUAAAAUGUGGUCACAUUUUCAUCACCAUAGAUCAGUUCCCCUGUAUGGGAAGUGGGCAGAUAUAAAGUAUUCAUCUUUAAGCUAUCCAAGUUUUCCUUCAGGUGCAGGUUACCUCAUGACAGGAUCUUUAGCACAAGCUUUAGCCCAGGCUGGACCAUACAUGACUUCGUAUGUCGGUGAAGAUGUUAGCAUGGGUAUUUGGAUAUCAUCAGCCAUAAAUAAUGCCACUUUAAUUGAUGUGCCAUGCUGGCUUCCACGUUCAGAAUGUCAAGAAACAGUGCUGGUCUCCCAGUUAUCACCGAUUGAUAUGUUGGAAAUGUGGAAAGAAAAUUAGUAUUUUUUAGAAUCUUUGUGAAAUGUCCAAGUAAGUGGAUAUUAAUUUUUUUGAGGUUUCUUGUUCAUCAGCCAUUAAACUAGAAAAUUGAUGCAUCAACAAGGGCCCUGUUCAUGGGAUUGUUAAGGAUAUUUCAGUAACCAUGACCUGACCAAGAUAACCUUUCACCAGGAUGAAAAUUUAAAGAAUAAGAAUACUACAAAGCUUAUCAGAGGAAAAACUUUACCAAUUUAAUAGUAAAGACCAAAUCACAAAAUCAACAUUUUUAAAUUCUUAGGACUAAUGGAGAGGAUUAUUUCUGAUAACACGGAUCAGAUCUUAUCUAGUAAAUUACAGUUCUGUAAACAGUACGUACAUGAUUAGAUCGAUUGAAAAGAAAUUUUGGAUAUGAAUCUGAUAUCCAAGACUGAGCAUGUGCUCUUCGUGAUAUUUGUGAGUGUUAGUGUUGUCCUUCAGUGUCUACAUUCAUAGACUGGGACAAGGCUGUGCAUCAAAUAGCCAGGGGUCAAAUAAGUGUGACAGAUUUGAAGACAAGAUAAAAUCUUCUCAGUGAGGGACAUAUUUUUUCUGUAUGCUCUAAAUUGUGAUAAUAAUGUUUAAUGAUAUUCAGUACUGUCACAUUUAGGUUAGCUAAAUGUUUUUAUAUUUUUUUAGGAAAACAGACACUCAGCAGUUGUUUAGACAGAAAAUUCCAAUAGAACUCUUAAUAAAUGCUUACAAAAUAAGGAGUUUGUUUAGUAUGCCAUACAAAAUAAUGAUGAUUUAAUGUUGAGGUAGUAAUGGUAACUAGGGAACAUUAGAUGUUCUGGAAUCAACCCAUUGUUUAGGUGAAAUUUGAAUUCUUCAUUAAAAUUAAUGUUUUAGGCCAAUGGAAAUCUCUUAAUGCAGGCAUAUUGAAACUGAAUUCCUGUUAUUUUUAAAAAUCUAAAAUUAGUAAUGCAUUUUUUUCAGGGCUAAAAUAUCUUUCUUCCACUUAAUGAAGAUUGAGCUUUGCUUUUAAUUUUAGUGCACAGUCUUCAAAAUUGUCCAAGUUGUUCAUGGUCGAGUUCCAGAGCAGAAAAUAACCUGAACUACUCCAGUAUGUCCCCAUGCUACAUGUUAAGUGUCCCACAUAUCCUUUGUUCAUUUCCCUUUUUGAAUAAACUGACUACUGUAACCUUGCUUAUUAGAAUUUCUCAUCUUUCUGUGUAGCCAUACAUGUUCUCAGUUGCUUGCUUUUGAUAAAGUGUACUGUUCUUAUCUCCUUCCUAAGCUUCCUACCCUUAUGCUGAAUGACUUUCCAGGAAAAUUUCUCACCUCAGCUUAUUCAGGUUGAUUAACCCUUUAACGCUGAAGGGGUAUAAUAAAAAUCGUCUUCCGUAUGCCGGCGGGGUCUGGGAGUGAGCGCCGAAGCGGGAACAAUGUUUUUUUUUUUUAAAUCACAACACACUUAGUUUUUAAGAUUAAGUUCAUUUUUGGCUCCAUUUUUUGUCAUUGCGUGAAGUUUAGUAUGCAACCAUCAGAAAUGAAAAAAAUAUCAUUAUCAUAUAUAAAUAAUGGGAUAUAUGAUAGCGCAAAAACAAAAUUUCAUAUAUAAUUGUAUUCAAAUCGCGCUCUGAGCAAAACGGUUAAAGCUAACGAGUUAAUUUUUGGUGUUGUAUUGUACACUUAAUUGCAAUCAUUUGGUAUAUAACACAUUGUAAAACGAUCAAGGCAACACAGAGAAAAUAUUAUAAAAAAAUGAUGCAUGAAUUCGUAACGUGCGGAUGUAAAAAAAAAGCUGUUUUUCAAAAAUUCACCAUAAAUUGAAAUAUUGUGCUAGAGACUUCCCGUUUGUUGCAAAAUAAAGGUAAUUGAUUGAAUAUUACUAGACUGUAAGUGUUGUAGCUUACAAUUGCAGUUUUCGACCAUUUCGGUCAAGUUAAAGUUGACCGAAGGACGAAUUUUUUCUAUUUAUCAUUAAUAUGAAAGUAUAUCAAAACUGAUAAAAGCUACAACCAUAGGUUGUUUUAUUGUUGUAUUCUAAAUGAAAUUGCACACAUUUUCAUAUAUAAAACUUUAUGUAACGGCUAAUUUAAAAUGGUGCAAACAUUACGACAAUCGGACGAAAAAUUUUAUGAUUUUUUCGGAAGAGUUACCGCACGGACAUAAGGAAAAAGUUUAUUUCAUAAAUUCACCAUAAAUCGAAAUAUUGUAUUAGAGACUUCCAAUUUGUUGAAAAAUAAAGGUAAAUGAUUGCAUAUUACUAGAAUGUAAUAGUUUUAGCUUACAAUUGCAGUUUUCGACCAUUUCAGUCGAGUCAAAGUUGAAAUUUUGGCACUUAUCGUUAUUUAUAUGAAAAUAUUUCAAAAGUGAUAAAAGCUACAACCAUGGGUUGUUUUUGGUUGUAUUCUACAUGAAAUUGCGCACCUUUUCAUAUAUAAAACUUUAUGUAACGGCUAAUUUAAAAUUGUGCAAACAUUACGACAAUCGGACGAAAAAAUUUCUGAUUUUUUUUCUGAGUUACCGCGCGGACGUAAGGAGAAUGUGUUUUUUUUUCAUAAAUUCACCAUAAAUCGAAAUAUUCGUGCUAGAAAACUUCUGAUUUGUUGCAAAAUGAAGGUAAUGAUGAGUACUACUAGAAUAUAAGAGUUUUAGCUCACAAUUGCGUUUUUUUGACCAUUUCGGUAGAGUCAAAGUUGACCGAAGGUUGAAAUUUUGGCACCUAUCGUUAUUUAUAUGAAAAUAUUUCAAAACUGAUAAAAGUUACAACCAUGAGUUGUUUAUUGUUGAAUUCUACAUAAAAUAGUGCACAUUUUCAUAUAUAAUGCUCCAUGUAACGGCUAAUUUAAAAUGGUACAAAAAUUAUGUCAAAGUGACAAAAUAAUUUCUGAGAUGUGUCGCUGAUACUUUUUAGUGCGAUAGAAAGAAAUUCGCGCUUGCGCGCCUGCGUUAACGAUUGUAAACAAAACAACGCCUUGAUCCGUGAGCUCCCAGCAUCCCCCAAGGCGCGUGAUUCAAAAGUUUUCGCUAGUAGGCCUAUAACUAUUUUUCCGUGAAUUUAAAAAACUUUUAUAUCGACAUACCAUACGUCCAAUCGGCACCCAACAGACAUUUAUAUUGACGUUUAAUACGUCCAAUCGGCACCCAACAGACAAUUUAUAUUGACGUUUAAUACGUCCAAUCGGCGUUAAAGGGUUCAUUUCAAGCUGUCAGCAUGCUGCCAGGAAGGG